AUUCUAUUGUAGUUUACCAGAGUGUUCAGUUAGUGAAUGUCAUCUCGCAGCUAGUGUUACAACCUACAACCUUCAAAGAUGUUUAAAACGUUGGCCAAAAUCGCCGGCAUCUGCAGCUACGUGAUCCAGUACGGUUGUGUAACACACUGUGCCUUCGAGUAUAUUGGCGAUUUUGUUGUGUGCAUAGGUCCUUCGAUGGAACCAACGUUGCAUACGAACAAUGUUCUCGUCACCGAUCGACUCAGUCCCCGGUUAAAUAAACUGCAGCGGGGAGACAUCGUAAUCGCACGGAGUCCUACAAAUCCGAUGCAGCACGUGUGCAAACGAAUAGUCGGAUUGCCGGGCGAUCGCAUCUUGACCAAGGCAACCUUCAAUCUAAAUCCACUGUCCAAUACUUACACUGUCUACAGUACCGUCAUUUCGGUGAACCCUUCAGCGGCAAAAUUGCGCCAACUGGUGGACGUUGUAUCCAAUUCCGUCGAUGCAUUCGGUAUGGAUAACACCGUGGUGGAGGUGGUAAACUCGCCACCCAUGCUGGAACAAGGGGAGAUUCCGCAGGUACGCACCAGCGUCGUGACGGUCCCGAGGGGUCACGUGUGGAUCGAGGGCGACAACGUGCACAACAGUUCCGACUCGCGGAAUUACGGUCCGGUGCCGAUCGGGAUGGUAAAGAGCAGAGCUAUCUGCCGGAUUUGGCCGCUGACGGAGGCGAAGAGUUUGACUUCACCGAACCGCUAGCUAGCUAGUUGAUUGUUUUUGAUUGUGCUUU